AAUUCUACAGCAGAUUGCUUAGCGCGGAUAGCAAGUCAGUCUUCCAUUAGAAGUUCAUCGUCCCUCUGUUCUCGUCCUCAGCUUUUCCUCCAGCUGCUGCAUCAUUGUAUUGGCGUAGCUCAUCCUAGAAUCUGUUUUCACUAGUUAGUGCUCUUACUUUCUCUGCAAAAAAGAAAAAAAAAAAUCAUAUAUCUAACACGUAGCCGUGAAACCCAAAUCCCAACUCUACGGUGAGGAGGAACAGAAGCAGAACAAGAAAACGAAACAAUGACUGAAGAAGGGAAAGACAGGGAUCUAGCCGGCAAACUGCAGAGCCUGUACUAUUAUGGGACUUUUCAGGGCGUCGCCAACUAUUACCCUCCUGCUCCGCAGCCACCGUCCCAUACGGUCGUUGGUUUUCCUCAGUCAGUUGCUCCUGUUAAUCCUCAGUACGAUUCUCAUGGAUAUAGCAACGUUGCAUCAGGUUAUGAAGUCAUUGAAGAAAGGCCCCUGAGAGAACAUAGACUUCCGUUCUGUGGUAUGGGCAUGGGAUGGUUCUCGUUUAUUAUUGGUUUCUUUUUAGGUGGCAUUCCUUGGUAUAUUGCAACUGUUAUUCUACUUUGUGUUCAGGUGGAUUACAGAGAAAAGCCUGGAUUGGUUGCAUGUGCAAUAGCUUUUCACCAGUACCAGGUUGUUGGAAGAGGGUUGCCCACCGAGACAGAUGAGCACCCUAAGAUUUACCGGAUGAAGCUGUGGGCCACGAAUGAGGUUCGUGCAAAGUCCAAGUUCUGGUAUUUCCUCAGGAAGCUGAAGAAGGUCAAGAAGAGCAAUGGCCAAGUUCUUGCUAUCAAUGAGAUCUUUGAGAAAAACCCGACCAAGAUCAAGAACUAUGGCAUUUGGCUGCGUUACCAAAGCCGAACAGGUUACCACAACAUGUACAAGGAAUAUCGCGAUACAACACUGAAUGGUGCUGUGGAGCAAAUGUACAAUGAGAUGGCUUCUCGACAUAGAGUGAGGUUUCCUUGCAUUCAGAUUAUCAAGACUGCCACCAUUCCUGCUAAGCUGUGCAAAAGGGAGAGCACCAAGCAAUUCCAUAAUUCGAAGAUCAAGUUUCCGUUGGUUUUCAAGAAGGUUAGACCGCCAACUAGAAAGCUCAAGACAACAUACAAGGCAUCCAGGCCAAACUUAUUUAUGUAAGCUCUAUACUCUGAUGAAUGAGGUGCAAAGAGAUGAAUGUUGGUCUUAUGGAUUUCAAAUUUUGUAGACUUCUCGUCAUUUUUGUUUAUCGGAUAUUUUGCUUUGAUUUGAAAAGCCUAUUUGGUAGAUUUAAUAUUUGGGAUGUUACUGUUAUCAUCUUUCUGAACAUGGAUCAACGUUUGAUGCCUAUAAAUCGGUUUAAUGUUUCUAUA